CAUUUGCACCCUGGAGGACAGUUCGCCGCUCCGCGUUGAGAUGAAAGGGUUUACGCUGAAUAAUGUUUGCCAGUGUGGCUUAUUUGCUUAUCUUGUCUUAUUUUCUUUCAUGUCUUUUACCGCCGCAGUCAGUUUCGACCUGACUGAGCUUAGGAAUAAAGUUGCAAAAAUUAAAGUGAAUCCAAGAGGCAAUCUUUGGGCUACAGGACAUUUCAUGGGCAAGAAGAGUGUGAUGGAUGCCCCUCUGCUGCCUUCAGCUGAGGGGCAGGGCGCUGAUGCGCUGGAAGACACUGCGGGGCAGAGCGCUCUCGUGGAGCUUUUCCAAGAGUUCCUGAAGGUGGCGUUACAAGCGCAGGUGGAUACACUAGAGAGCCGCACGAAAACUCAGGAGGCGGACAUGUUGAUGAAGAUUUUAGAAAGCUACAUCCAACGCAGAAAGUGAUACAGAGGAUGUCUGGCACGCAUGGACACGGAUGCGGGGUCAUCUGGCCUCAUGGGUUCAAAUAAAUACAUUAGACGCAGUCUACAGUCUCCUGCUCAUCAUGAUUGUAAUUUACUGUAACUGUCAUACUGCUGAUG